UAAAAAAAACACUAGUGCGUGCUAUCUGGCGUGUUUGAUCAAAAAUCGCGAAAAUUUCAUUAAACAUUGUUUAAAAGUGAGUAAAAUUGUGCAUAAUUAAAAAGUUAGAAGAUUUUUCUCUGGACUAAUAGUGAAUGUAACCGAAAACCACAAGGAAAAAUCAGUGUUUGACGAGGACGCGUGUCUCCCUCAGUAGCAGCAGCAGCAGCCGACCGAAACAGCAAUGGCUCACAAGCGCAAAGCUGACGGGCAGGUUCCGGCCGAGGAGAACGACUUGCUGCUGAUACGACCGCUUGGUGCCGGUCAGGAGGUGGGUCGGUCCUGCAUCAUGCUCGAGUUCAAGGGCAAAAAGAUCAUGCUGGACUGUGGCAUCCACCCGGGGCUUUCGGGCAUGGAUGCGUUGCCCUUUGUGGAUCUGAUCGAGGCGGACGAGGUGGAUUUGCUGUUUAUUUCCCACUUUCAUUUGGACCAUUGUGGGGCGCUGCCGUGGUUCCUGCAGAAGACGAGUUUUAAGGGUCGGUGCUUCAUGACACACGCCACUAAGGCCAUCUACCGGUGGAUGUUGUCCGAUUACAUAAAGGUGAGCAACAUCAGCACGGACCAGAUGCUGUACACGGAGGCGGAUCUGGAGGCUAGUAUGGAGAAGAUCGAGACGAUAAAUUUCCACGAGGAACGGGACGUGAUGGGAGUGCGGUUCUGGGCCUACAAUGCCGGACAUGUCCUGGGAGCGGCUAUGUUCAUGAUUGAGAUAGCCGGGGUGAAGAUUUUGUACACUGGGGACUUUUCGCGGCAGGAAGAUCGUCACUUGAUGGCGGCGGAGAUUCCGGCCAUGAAGCCGGACGUUUUGAUUACGGAAUCGACGUAUGGAACGCACAUCCACGAGAAGCGAGAGGACCGGGAGAGUCGAUUCACCAGUUUGGUGCAGAAGAUCGUCCAGCAGGGCGGUCGGUGUUUGAUUCCGGUGUUUGCCCUCGGAAGAGCUCAAGAAUUGCUGCUCAUCUUGGAUGAGUACUGGAGUCAGAAUCCGGAACUGCAGGAGUUCCCCAUCUACUACGCAUCGUCCCUGGCCAAGAAGUGUAUGGCCGUGUACCAGACCUACAUCAACGCUAUGAACGAUAAGAUUCGGAGACAAAUCGCCGUGAACAAUCCGUUCGUUUUCCGGCACAUUUCCAACUUGAAGGGAAUCGAUCACUUCGAGGACAUCGGGCCUUGCGUCGUGAUGGCCUCGCCCGGUAUGAUGCAAAGUGGCCUCUCCCGGGAGCUGUUCGAAACCUGGUGCACCGACCCCAAGAACGGUGUCAUCAUCGCCGGCUACUGCGUGGAGGGAACCCUUGCAAAGACUAUCCUCUCAGAACCGGAAGAAAUCACAAGCAUGUCCGGCCAGAAGCUCCCACUGAACAUGUCGGUCGACUAUAUUUCGUUCUCGGCUCACACCGAUUACCAGCAAACGAGUGAAUUCAUUCGGAUAUUGAAACCGGCCCAUGUUAUUCUGGUGCACGGCGAACAGAACGAAAUGAACCGGUUGAAGUCUGCCCUCCAGCGGGAGUACGAAAGUGACCCGAACGCCAACAUAACGAUGUACAAUCCGAAGAAUACGCACGCCGUGGAGCUGUACUUCCGGGGCGAGAAGACGGCCAAGGUGAUGGGAAACCUGGCGGUCAAAAAUCCCGACGAAGGCCAGAAGCUGUCCGGGGUGCUGGUGAAGCGGGACUUCAAGUACCACCUGCUGGCGGCGUCCGAUCUGUCGAAAUACACCGACAUGAGCAUGUCGGUGGUGACCCAGCGGCAGAGCAUCCACUGGAAGGGCUCCAUAGCCAGCCUACGGUUGCUGUUGGAGCGCAUCGGUGGCCCCGGAACGGUAUCGUCCGACGCUGGGGACAGUGACAAAAAGUUCAAAGUAUUCGAGUGCAUCGACGUGACGUUCGAUGGCAAGAUCAUCAUCAUGGAAUGGCAGGCCACCCCGGUGAAUGACAUGUACGCCGACACGGUGCUGGCCACGUUGCUCCAGUCGGAGCUGAGUGGCAGUAUGGUGAAGGGGGCCACCGCCACCAAGCCGGACAAGAUGCAUUUCAAGGAGUGUCUGAUCGAAACGCUGCAGGAGAUGUUCGGGGCCAGCUCGGUGCCGAAGCUGUUCAAGGGCGACAGUUUAACGGUGACCGUGCACGGGAAGCAGGUGGACAUCAAUUUGAACACUUUAGAGGUGACGUGCGACCAGGAUGAGAUCCUGUACCAAACGGUCAAAACGACCGUCAACAAGUUGCACCAAAAUCUCGUACAAGUAUCGUAAGUUUUUUUUUUUGAAGGUAAUUGUAUAAGCUCGCAAGUUCAUUGAUCAUAUACACACUUACCUUGUCCAUUCUUCUCUCAUCCUACAAUGGGAAAUAUUAUGCCCUUUAGAGUAUAAA